AUGCCUUGGGGUGGCGAUAUAGAACCCCCGCCCGACGAGGGGCGUGGCCUUCACGCCCCCGAUUCCCACUCCUCCUUCGGGCCCGCCCACUGCCCCGCCCACCUGACGGAGAGCGGCCGUGGGCUGACACCUGGCCUUGGGGGGGUGCGCGAAGGCCCCCGGGUGCCGGCAAGGGCAUGUUUCCCGAGGGGAAGGGCGACGGUCGGAGCUCUCCCCCAGCCACCCACCGACCCACCCCGCUCUGUGUCUCUCCUCGCAGAUCGUGCGCUGCUGCAGGGCGCCCCGGACGCGGUGGAGCUGCGCCAGCUGACGCCCUGGGCCGGCAGAUCCCCGCGUCCGCACCGUCGGGCGGGGGCCCGGCGGAGGCGCGCGCGCGCGCGAUCGGGGGCGCGGCCGUGCGGGCUGCGCGAGCUCGAAGUGCGCGUGAGCGAGCUGGGCUUGGGCUACGCGUCGGACGAGACGGUGCUGUUCCGCUACUGCGCAGGCGCCUGCGAGGCGGCCGCGCGCGUGUACGACCUGGGGCUGCGGCGGCUCCGCCAGCGGAGGCGCGUCCGGCGGGAGCGGGUGCGCGCGCAGCCCUGCUGCCGCCCGACGGCCUACGAGGACGAGGUGUCCUUCCUGGACGCGCACAGCCGCUACCACACGGUCCACGAGCUGUCGGCGCGCGAGUGUGCCUGCGUCUGAGCCUACCUCACCGGGACCGGG